GUGAAGAAAUCUUGAAGACCAGAAAUUGGAUCUUAAUGAAUUUUGGUGUUUUCCUUUUUUAACUUUUUUUUUCCUCUUUGUCUUUUUUCUUUUUAAAUUAUGUUGUUCGGCUAUGGAAGAUGGAUUUAAAAAAAAAAAAAAUCUUUGAAUCUCAAGUUCAUCUUUAAGUGAACUUUGUUUUUGUUUUUGUUUUUGUUUUUUGAGGAGAUAACUAAUGCUAGCUGUCUCCAGUCUGACAAAGGUUAUUUGAAUGGACUUAAUCUUCCAGUAGUUGGGAGAUGUUUUAAAAAUGUUUUAAAAACACGUCCUGUGUUUCAUUUGUGGCUGAGAGGUUUCCUUGGCAAUGUGAGGAGGAAAAUUCUUUCUGCCUCAUUAUUAUUAAUUCAUGGAUUGAGUGUUGGUUCGACCUACAGGCGUAAUAGAUUGGAACUCAGUGAAGACACAGACGUUCCUGUUGAGAGCAACCAGCUAAUGAUUACAUUUUAAAGACGAUUUCUGUGAUUGAGUUGUCAUUUGGAAGAUUAAACCCAUUUCAAGAGGACGUGGAGCUGGUCCUCUCCUUGAGGAAUCAGUGGCUUAUUGUACAAAGCCACUUCUGGUCUAAGAAUUUACCCAGCAUGCCUAACCAAGGAGAAGACUGCUAUUUUUUUUUCUAUUCUACGUGUACCAAAGGUGACAGCUGCCCCUUUCGUCACUGUGAAGCUGCAUUAGGAAAUGAAACUGUUUGUACAUUAUGGCAAGAAGGGCGCUGUUUUCGACAGGUGUGCAGGUUUCGCCACAUGGAGAUUGAUAAAAAACGCAGUGAAAUUCCUUGUUACUGGGAAAAUCAGCCAAUGGGAUGUCAAAAAUUAAACUGUGCUUUCCAUCACAACAGAGGACGUUAUGUCGAUGGCCUUUUCCUCCCUCCAAGCAAAAGUGAGCUCACCUAUGCCCACUGGACUGUAAUGGCUUCUACCCGGAAACCUGGCAUCAGUUUAAAGCAAGGUGAAGAUUUGAACUUUGGAAUAAAAACUCUUGAGGAGAUUAAAUCAAAGAAAAUGAAGGAAAAAUCCAAGAAGCAAGGUGAAGGUUCUUCAGGAGGUGCCAGUCUUUUACUCCAGCCUCAGCCCGUUCCAGGUCCUGAGAAAGAGAAUGUUCGCACUGUGGUGAGGACAGUAACUCUGUCAAGCAAACAAGGAGAAGAACCCUUGGUUAGACUGAGUCUUACUGAGAGACUGGGGAAACGCAAGUUUUCAGUAGGUGGUGACAGUGAACCUCCAUUAAAGCGGAGCCUAGCACAGAGGCUAGGGAAGAAAGUUGAAACACCAGAAACUAACACCGACAAAGCACCAAAGAAAGUUCAAGUUUCCAAGUCUCUGAAGGAACGAUUAGGAAUGUCAGCUGGUUCAAACAAUGAGGAAACAACAGAAAGAGUUAAUAAAGUUGGUGAGAUCCACGUGAAAACAUUAGAAGAAAUUCUUCUUGAAAGAGCCAGUCAAAAACGUGGAGAACUGCAAACUAAACUCAAGACAGAAGGACCUUCAAAAGGUGAUGAUUCUACUUCAGGAACAAGAAGCUCCUCCACUGUCCGGAUCAAAACCUUCUCUGAGGUCCUGGCUGAAAAAAAACACCGGCAGCAGGAAACCGAGAGACAAAAAUGUAAAAAAGAUGCUACUUGCAUCAAGCUGAAGACUGAUACUGAAAUUAAAAAAACAGUGACAUUGCCACCUGUAGUUGUCAGCAAAGGACAAUCAGAGGAGCCUGCCGGAAGAACAAAGUCUAUGCAGGAGGUGCACAUUAAGACGCUGGAGGAAAUUAAAUUGGAGAAGGCACUGAGAGUGCAGCAGAGCUCUGAGAGCACCACCAGCUCCCAGCCGCAACCUGAGGCCACCCAAGGGGCCAGGCGGCUGCUCCGAAUCACCAAAAAAACAGGUGUGAAAGAAGAGAAGAAACUUCAAGAAGGAAGUGAAGUUGCUUCUCAGAGCAGCGUUUCUAGGACAGAGACUAAUGAGGCUUCAGAUGAGACUACAGGAAUCAAUGUCACUAAAGUUCCAGUCAAGAGCUGUGAGACCCUGAGAGAGAAGCACAUGCAGAAACAGCAGGAGAGGGGCGCAUCACAGAAGGAGAAGUUGGUCUUGACUCCGCUCCGGGAAGAUGUAGCCUCUUAUAGUGCCCUAGUGGUGGAGAACCCAGGGCUCGCUGCUGUGUCCGGCAUCACGAGGCGCCUAACCAAGCGGCUUCCCACAAAGCCCUCCCAGAAGGGGACUGGGGAUUCAGUACUGAACGUGAAAUGUGCGGCACAGACCUUGGAAAAAAGGGGGAAAGCUAAACCCAAAGUAAAUGUGAAGCCAUCUGUGGUCAAAGUUAUUUCAUCUCCCAAAUUGGCCCCAAAACGUAAAGCAACGGAGCUGCACCCUGCUGUUAUUGCAGCUGUGAAGCCACUCAGUUCCAGCACUGUCCUGCAGGAGAGCCCGCCCAAAAAAGCAGCAGUGGCUGUUAUCCCACUCCUCUCUGAAGAUACCAUGCCUGAGACAGAAAACCCUAGAGACAGUUUAGUGCUGCCUCCAACCCAGUCUUCUUCAGAUCCCUCACCCCCUGAAGCAUCUGGCCCUUCUUCAUCCCAGGCAUCCACGAAAACUCGCCGACUCAGCUCUGCCUCAACAGGAAAGCCCUCACUCUCUAUGGAAGAUGAUUUUGAGAAACUAAUAUGGGAGAUUUCAGGAGGGAAGUUAGAAGCUGAAAUCGACCUAGAUCCUGGGAAGGAUGAAGAUGACCUUCUGCUUGAGCUCUCAGAAAUGAUUGACAGCUGAAGGUGGUAGUAAGAACAUUUAAAAAAAAAAAAAAAAAACCACACACACACACACCAAAAAACUGGACUUAGUUUCAUCUAUUAUAACAUUUACCUGAGAUGAUUAUUUCUUUAGUCAAAUUUGCCCCAAAUCAGAAGUAUACCUCUGAAUUAUCUGUAUGUGUCCUGAAUUCCACGGGGUCAGAUUUUUUAGGUCCCUUAAAUAACCAUUUUGUCCAUCUGAUGACAUUGUUUAGCAUCUUUAAGAAAAAAGUUCUGUAAUAUCCUUCUCUCCACAGAAAAGAGACUGAGGGAGAUCUGAAUGAAAGAAGUGUAAGAGAACUUAGUGAUUCCUUGAGGUGUCUGUCAGUUUUGGCUGUUUUCCCUUUGUUGUAUUCUUUCUUUUAUGUAUUGUCUUAACAUAUUUAAUAUAUCUGAGUUUGAAAUGGAUGAAGACAGCUGCUACCAUUGUGGACCAAAUUUCAUGUUACCAGUGACAAAAAUCCCACUCAGUCUGUGUUAAAUUGUACGUCUUUUUAAAGGUGUUUGGAGAUUCAUCUAAGCUUUAAAGAGGGCUGAGCAACUCAAGAAACCUGAAAUAUGGACAUAACUCUUUGGACCUGAGUUUGAUGCUUCAGCUGCUCUGUAAGCCUCUGAAGAGCAAUAGCUAAUUUAUUAUUACUGUAAUUUUUUUAAAAGGCUUUAAAGUGCCUCUGGGGAUCCCUGAAACUAAUUUUCUAUUUCUGGGAUUUCCUGGAUUCUUUAUAAGAGAUGGUGACAUGUUUAGAGGAAUUCUUUUUUAGUAUGAAAGUUGUCCCUUCUCUUUAAUACUUGCCUGCUUACUGGCAUUGAAUUAAUAAUUUUUUUAUUUCUAAGUCUCUGAGAAAACUCCUCUUGCCCAGUAUUUAUUUGGUGCCCUUUUAGCCACAAGAGGAGAAAGAAAAAAAAAAAAAAAAAAAAAGAA